CCUUCUAUAUUCGUUGAAAAACAAAAUCAAAAUAUGUGAAUUGUGAAUUUAAACAUUCAGUACUCAAAAUGGAUUACCGACAACCACAAGCGUGUCUGAAAGUGCCCGACUCAUUGAAUUUCGGAAUCGAUAGAAUACUAAAUAUUAACACUGACUCGGAUCGAUCGGCGAAUAAAAAAGAAAAGUGUACCGGUAGAGCAGUGUUCACUGUCACGCAAAAGAAUUGGUUAGAAUAUUAUUUCCAAAUGGAAAAAUACAUUACCAAACAGAACAGAAAGAUACUGGCUUCCAGUCUUGGACUUACGGACUUGCAAGUAAAAGUAUGGUUUCAGAAUAGAAGGAUGAAAUGGCGGCAUUCUGCGGCUGCAACGUCUUCAAAAAAGUAGAACUACAACAAAUUCGUAUAAAUCUUCAUUUAAUCGCAAACAAAUACAAGUAUACAAUACUAAAUAC